UGUUUAUCCAUUUAUCUACCUUUUGACUAUUGUAAAUAAUACUGCUAUGAACAUUGGUGUACAAAUAGGUUUUGACUCUUGCUUUUGAUUCUUGGGUAGAUUCCCAGAAGGGGAAUUGCUGGGUCAUAUAGUAAUUCUAUGCUUAAGUUUUUGAGGAACAAUCGUAUUUUCCACACCAGUUGUACCAUUUACAUUCCUACCAGCAGUGCACAUAUAUUCAUCUUGAGUUACUGAGCAGCACCUAUUGUUCUGAAGUAUGGCAUAAAUUAUUAACUCUUGCAUAUGAGUUGUAUAGUAUGGGUACAAAAAUCAUAUAUUCAGUAUUAAAUCUUUUGUGGUUGUGGUUUUUGCUGAAUAAUUUAACUUGCAGUGGCAAAUAUGUCUGACUGCAACAUGAUGGCACCUCUUUUGGAUCUCCGUGGAGUAGAUAAAAUUAUGUAUUCUAGCUGUAGCUAUGAAGAAUUUUUGUUUCUAAAGUACUUUGAUUUCAGAGUUUAUUAAUAAACCUACUUUUCAUAUUACAUAAAAUAUAUUUGGUAUGCACAAUCAAAAGUGAUUAGAAAACCUACUGAUUAGCACAUUUAUGGGGUGUCAGUUAUAUGCAAGGUUCCAGUAUAUGAUAGAUGCAAAGAACCAUUAGGAUAUGGUUAUUACUCUCAAGAGCUGUACACUUUGAAGACACAAGACAAACACAUGAAAGUUACAUACCUACACAUGAAAAAUAAGGGUAUAUUAUUUAAAAUGAAAAGAUGACAUGCCAGUAUGUGAUUAAUCGCCCACUGAGUAUUUGGAGGCAAGAUUAACAUGAGCUUAGCUCAAAGGAAAUAUCACUAUCGGGAGAGGUAUCUGAAAAUGCUUCAUCUCUAAAGUAUAUUUUGAGUAGUGUUUUGAAGGAUGCAUAAAAUUCAGAUAGGUGGAGAGGUAAGGGCAAGCUCUUCCAAUUAAGGAGGAAUAGCAUAAAUGUCAGACAUUUUUACUGUGCCAACUCAUUAAUUGACAUUAAUUUAGCAUAGUCCUUGGACCUAAAAAUUAGAUUAAAUCUAUUGAACAAAAAUUGCAAGUUAGUCCUCCAGCUCUACAUUCUGUUCAUGCUACCAUGUUCACUGAAUGGUGAUGGUAGUAGUAAUAGUGGUAGCAGGAGAAGUAACAGUUAGCUAAUAUUUGUUAAGUGCUUUCUAUGUGCCAGGCACUUUGCUAACCACCCUUUACCAAUAUUAUCUCCAUUCAUUCUUUGGUAAUCCUAUGAGCUAGGAGUUGCGGGCUACUAUCCCUUCCUGUGAAUGAAGAAGGGUAGACUUAGAGAACUUAAGUAACUUGCCCACAGUUGCACAGAGUAGUGGAAUCAGUCAGGAUUUACAUCCCCAGGGAGUUUAGUUUUAGAACCAGCACUUAUUACCACUGGUCAAUAUUGCCAUAGCACUAAACGUAGGAGGGGCUAGUGAAAAAAAAAAUGUGGAUUUUUUUUUUUUUUUUAAUGACCUGCAAACUUUUGCAAAAAAAAAAUGUGAUUUUUUUUUUAACAUUCUGGCAAUCCCUGGUUAUUAGUCAGGGUGGUUUGUAAACUGCUCUGAAAAGCUGUAGAGUGAUGAACUGGUGGUCUGUUCCUAAUGAGGCUUUUCCUUAACAGGAUGGCUUCUGUAGCUGCUGAAGAGCACGGAUAAUGGGGGUAAUCUGUUCUGUGAACAGCUAAGUAAUGACCUUAAACUUGUGUGUUCACAGCGGAAAGAAAACAUGCAUAUACAAUUUUCUUCUGAUGAAACCUAAUGUAUUCAAAAAAAAGAAUCUUGUUUUUUGGAAGGAUGGAAAAGUUGGGAAUAAUUUUUUCCCCUUUGAUGAUUAGACCAGUACUGUUGCUUAAUUUUUUGGCUCAGUUACUUUGAUGUGGUUACAAGAGGAAUUUUGGCUGUAAUGGAUUUCAUACAUUUUUAAUGUCUAAUUUAAUAGGGAUAUAGACAGUUGGUUUAAACCAACAUUUUUGGAUGAGGAGAGGCUAUGGAAAUGAAGAAAGAAGUGUUUAGAAAUAUCACACAAACAGCAUUUUAAGAAAGAAAGAUGGAUCAGCCUAGUGGAAGAAGUUUCAUGCAAGUAUUAUGUGAAAAAUACAGUCCUGAAAAUUUUCCUUAUCGCCGUGGCCCAGGGAUGGGAGUCCAUGUCCCAGCCACACCUCAGGGCUCUCCUAUGAAAGAUCGCCUCAACCUCCCAAGUGUACUAGUGUUGAACAGCUGUGGAAUAACCUGUGCAGGAGAUGAGAAAGAAAUUGCUGCCUUCUGUGCUCAUGUGUCGGAACUAGAUCUGUCUGACAACAAACUCGAAGACUGGCAUGAGGUCAGUAAAAUUGUGUCAAAUGUUCCUCAGUUGGAGUUUCUAAACCUGAGUUCCAACCCUCUGAAUUUGUCGGUUUUAGAAAGAACAUGUGCUGGGUCCUUCUCUGGGGUUCGCAAACUUGUCCUCAACAACAGCAAAGCUUCUUGGGAGACAGUCCACACGAUACUGCAGGAGUUACCAGAUUUGGAGGAGCUCUUCCUGUGCCUUAAUGACUAUGAAACAGUGUCUUGUCCUUCUAUUUGCUGUCAUUCUCUUAAGCUACUACAUAUAACAGACAAUAACCUCCAAGACUGGACUGAAAUACGAAAGUUAGGAGUUAUGUUUCCUUCACUGGAUACCCUCGUCCUGGCCAACAAUCAUUUGAAUGCUAUUGAGGAGCCUGAUGAUUCAUUGGCCAGGUUGUUUCCUAAUCUUCGAUCCAUCAGCCUCCACAAGUCAGGUUUGCAGUCCUGGGAAGACAUUGAUAAGCUAAAUUCAUUUCCCAAACUGGAAGAAGUGAGAUUGUUAGGAAUUCCUCUUCUGCAGCCUUAUACCACUGAGGAGCGAAGGAAAUUGGUAAUAGCCAGAUUGCCAUCAGUAUCCAAACUUAAUGGCAGCGUUGUUACUGAUGGUGAACGAGAAGAUUCUGAGAGAUUUUUUAUUCGUUACUAUGUGGAUGUUCCACAGGAAGAAGUGCCAUUCAGGUAUCAUGAACUGAUCACAAAAUAUGGGAAGUUGGAGCCUUUGGCAGAAGUGGACCUAAGACCCCAGAGCAGUGCAAAAGUAGAAGUCCACUUUAACGAUCAGGUGGAAGAAAUGAGCAUUCGUCUGGACCAAACAGUUGCAGAACUAAAGAAACAGUUAAAAACUCUGGUACAGUUACCCACAAGCAACAUGCUUCUCUACUAUUUUGACCAUGAAGCACCCUUUGGCCCAGAGGAAAUGAAGUACAGCUCUCGGGCAUUGCAUUCUUUUGGCAUUAGGGAUGGAGAUAAAAUUUACGUGGAAUCCAAAACAAAAUAACCUCUACCAGCCUUGUGAAAACGUACACAUAAGGACUUGUUGCAGGGCAUUUGUUUUUAAUGUGGUUUUCUUUAGGAGGGAGGAGGUUGUUUUUGUUUUGUUUUGUUCUGUUUAGGUUUGGGAGGGAUUUUGUAUUUUUUCCCCCCUGGAGUGGGUAGGGGGCCAUUUUUGGUAUUUUCUACCACAGAUUUACUUGGCUCAGCCAGUGGAAUUGGCCACAUUUCCAGUGUAUGUGCCCUCUGUAAGGAAAGAUGACAAAGAAAUCACCGACUUCUUACUGUGUUCACUGGGAUUUGCCUGCCACCUGAUUAUCGUUACUGUUGGGUACACUUGUGAAGAUAACAUGAACAGUGUAGCCUCUUAGAAGGAUCUCCUAGAGAAUUUAAACGGGGGGGACAAGGAAUCUUCACAGGAAGGGCCAGAACUUCUCUCUCCCAGUUCUUCCUUCCGCUACCCUCCCUCCUUGGCUUUUUUGGUUCAGUUCCAUUUUUUUUUCAUUUUGAUGUGUGGUUUACCUAAUAGUUUUGUUCUGUUCAUAAUUCUUAUUUCUCAACCUGGGUGAUGUUUUUGUUCUCAUUUCUCCCUUUUGAAAUAAUUGAAAGUGUUUUAAGCAUUUUUCAACCUGAUUCUAAUCUCAGGUACGCAGUAAGAAGCUAUAACUCUGUUAGAACCUCGAAGAAGAAUAGAUGUAGAGUGAAAACUCCAGGAAAACUUGCAGUUAUUCUGGAAGCACCGGCAGAACAGUCUGAUCUCUUUGUAUGUUACUGACUCACUUUUAAUGUCCCUUGUACGUUAUGUCAGCCAUUAUUUUCAUAACAUGAAAUAUGUCAGAUUCUAGAGUUCUUUUGUUUUUGCUUAUUGAAUGUAUUUUCUCAUGUCUUUCUUUUUCAUUACUUUAAACUAUUGGGAACUGAGGCCUGACUUUAUAAAUAAUUCAGUAGAGUCCUGGAUACGUGCACCAGGAGAGUUGAGAAUUAGCUCGCAAACUAUCUAUGGUGUGUGUGGGGAAUGAAGUUGAGGAAUGUGGGGGAAGAGCUUAUGACUUUCCCACCUGUGUCAUCCAUUCGAAGACCUUACUCUUGCACUUUGCAUUAAAAGUGGGAAACAUUAAUCAAAGGGAGCUUUUAUGCUCAGGUUUUCCCUGGGGCUUUGUGAUGUAAUAAUUGAACAAUUCUUUUGUUUUACAUUUCAAUUUAGUUGCCUCAUAGAAGUAUAACUGCCCAAUCUAUGAGUAAAGUAUAAGUGUCAAAACUUCACAAUUGCCUCCAAGUCAUAUUUUUUGCAGAAGCACAUUUAAAGCACUUUUCUGUAAAAGCUAGUUCCUUACCUACUUGGAAAUCUUUUUGUUUGUUCUUCUAUUCGUUUGUUAAUCAGAUGUAAUCCCUUUCUUUAAUGUGUAUUUUUCUCGGUCCACCAUGUUUAUAGAUGGGAAGCUUGAGAAAUACAAGUGUGUAAGUGAAGUAUUUUUCAAAGAAUGCAAUUAUCUGAUUGCAUUUGACCUUUUGACCUUUGUUACAUAAUUCCACCCCUCCUACAAAUUUAAUUUUUUUAUGAAAUUUUUAGGUGACUCUUGUAAAAUCUUCAUGUAUGAGGAGUUGUGUUUAUUAACGCUACUUUUUAAAUUUUCCUGUGCCAUGUGGCAGAUGUUUAUUCUCUUAAUGCACUUCAGGUUUGUUAUCUGUAAAGCCUUUGACCCAGGCCUACUGAGUCAAAUCUACAUUCAGUGUAACAUUAAAGGUGGAAACCAAAGGGUUUGAGAAAGAUGAAUAAGGCCUAUUCUCCUUCUGCUGCAGACAUUAUCUUUCAAAAUCAUAAAAAUGAGCCAUGGAGAUGCAGGCUGGGUAUAGACAAGAAUAAUUAUUUUGCAAACGCAUUUUCCUGACAGACUUUUGGUAGGAAAAAAGUAUGGCAACAGUGUCAUGAAGAUUGAAACUGUAGGUGCUUUGUGUAUGUAUGCAUGAGUGCAGACGAGUUUGAGAGAGAAACAGUGUAAUUGAGCCCCAAGCUUUUGUCCGCCUGGGAAACAGAUGCAUUCUUAUUUUUUGAAGUUGUAUGACCCUGGACUGUCCCACAGCAGAAGGCAGAACAAACACUUAUGUUAUGCUUUAAUCAUAAGUGGAAUGGUCACAAUUAAUAAGAUAUUUUAUAUAUGGCAAAGUUUUAUGAAAUGCUUUUUUACUAUUAGAGACCUGUUUCUUCUGUUAUUACAGAACACAGUGUUUAUCAACUGCGGGCAUAAUUCUCUUAUUAUACAGUUGCAUGUAAAGGGAGCUUCUCAUUUAAUUCAGCGAAUAUGGGUAUUUUUACGGCAUUGUAAUUGAUGGUUUUAAUAAUUGCUGAAUAAUUUUUGAUUAAGAGAAAAAUGUAAUACAAUUACUGGUCUUUUAGAGUUACAGGACAGAAGUUAAUGCAAAAAGCUAUUUGAGCAUGUGUACUUAUAGAUUCAUUUGGGUGGCUGAGUAAAGAUGCUGCUUUUGAAAUAAAAUUGGUGCUGUGUAGACACUUGUAACCAAAAUUGUUUUUAUAACAGGACUAAAGGAGAGAAGAGACCAUGGACCUUUGAGUUUACAUGUUAUGCCUAAUUGAUUAUCUGCAGCUUAUCUGUAUUUUAAUACUGACUUUGCCCAGAUUCAGGGAGAGCAUAUUAUUGACAUUUUGAGGCAAAAUGCUGUCAUAGCCAGUAUUACUGAUAUGUUGCCACAGGCACAAUGUAUAGAACAUAUCUUUUCUAAAAUAGGAAUUAUUUCCAGUUAUGAAAAAGGAAAAGAGUAAUAAAACCAAAUCAAAGCCAAGGGAUCUUUUCUACAUGUGGGUGAAUGGCUGCUGAAGCCAUUGUAGAAAUCAAUUUUUGAAUUUGAAUUGUUGAAAUAUCCUAGAUUGCUUUAAAGGAAAAAAUCCAGUCAUAUAUCUUUUUUUAUUAUUAAGUUUUUGCAACCUUUUGCCACCAUUGCCAUAAAUACGUAAGAAAGCAGCAGAUAGUAUAAGCCCCUUGUUAUUAAGACCUUUCAGUUAAUAUUAAGGCCAAAAUGUAACUUGAGCUACGUAUAACAGGGCUGAAUGCUACAGUGUUUUUAAAAAUUUCACUUAUUUUUAAAGAAAGGAAAAUUCAGUUCUAACCAGAUGUUCCAGCUGUGUUGCUCAACCAGCAGUGGUAGGAGCAGAGAGCACUUGCACUACGAGCUGAUCACCAUUUGAGGCGUGCAGCUGAUAGCUGUUACUAACGCACAUGUGAGUGUAGCUUGCUGCAUGAAAAUACUAGGCUCUAGGGCAUGUAAAACAUGAAUACAGAAUACUAGAUUGUUCUAAGUAAUGUCAUUUCUGUUUAUGAAUUUGAUUUUUCCCUUCAUUUCAUGUCAAAUUGAAAAUGCAAACAAACUGCUUUCAAGAACACCCAGAAGCUAUCUGUGUUACCAGAUGUGUUGUGAACACUCUACUAUUUUUCAUAGGUGCUUCCUUGAAAUAUAUGUCCAUUGUAGUGGUGGAGAGGGACUGGACUCUCUCAGGCUCUUUACUUGCCAGUUGUCUCCUGCAGUUAAUGGAAAUAUAUAUAUAUAUAUAAAUUAUAUUUUAGAAUAUAAUUUAAACAUGAAGGUCUAUUCUUUGCAUUUUAUAUAUAUAUAUAUAUAGAUAAUCUUUAAAAAAUUAAAAUUCAAGUCCAUUUU